AUGAAGCAGGUUCUUCUUCUCAACACUACUCUUGCUCUGCUCCAAGCCGACAUCGGAGCGAUCGCAUUGCAGGUCCUGACCGGGAAAAGCCAGAAAGCUGCCAACCAAGCUACCCUGAAGACGUGUGCCUGCGUGAACUGGAAGGGCAGCACAACGGACAAACAGGGCAAGGUCGGCACUGACCAAACGUGGUAUACGCCCCAGGGCGACGACACGGAGUACGGAAAAUUGUACGCCUCCGGGAAAGUAUGGUUGUAAAAACGAAGGGCGUCUUCAGUGUAAAGCAUGGUCACUGCAUGCAAGGUAGACAUCAACAACCUCCGCUACCAUCAUAGCUCCAACGUAUGCGUGGCAGGUUUCUGCAGACGACAUGAAAAUUUGUGAUGCUGUUAGUCGGAGACAGUACCAUCACUGUGCGCACUUUCUCUAGCUGGAUACGCGGCACCUUACCUCACGGGAGCUGAAGGAGGCGAAGAAAACUACGGGGAGUACUGCGCCGCCUGGGAAGACAGCCAGACGGCCAUUGACGGCGGCAAGAAGGGCGUCGUGGGGCAGAACACCGACUGCGCGGAUGUUGACACGCGGCCGGACUGGUGCAGCAAGAAGUGGUGCUACGUCCGGCUCGACGGGGAGGCCAACGGGAGCAUCAUGAGGGAGCCGCUGGACAAGAACGCGCCGGGAAAGCCGGACGGCCCGGGCUGUACCGAGUUGAGCGACGUCACUGUGUCGAAGCAACAGGACAGCUUCUUGUGGUACUCGUAUCAGAUCUGCGAAAAUGCGCAAUAAGGACAAGAAUUAGAAUGGCAUGUACGCGAAAUCGAAAAUGACGAGGGAAAGAAUCACUACAUUAUCGCGCUCUAUUCAUUGAUCGCGCUGCUGUACAGAUAGGUAAAAUCAAAACUUUGCCGCCAACUGAAUUCAUAAUAAUGUUUUCUAGCCGUAAUUAUACCGUUUGAUUUAAAAACCUUGCUUCUCUAAAGAGAGGCAGCCGCAAGACAGCACAGGAGGCUUAAAAGCUGAAGGUGAUGAAACGCCUCACCUACUCACGCGCGCAAGACGAGAGACACAACGAAAGUGGAGACACAAGAGGGUACGUUUUCAAUUGGUUGCCAAGCAACUAGGGUCAUGCUCAUUGAAUAAAUGCAACACGUUGAUUUUGCACAGAGCGUCACAUCAUGGUGAAAAGAGCAGGCUCGCGACACACGGAGCACGUGGGGGCACCGUCUCAUACAUACAGCCAUACCAACCAGCAACUGUGCCAAUCUUCAUCAAGUGCAUCUGCAGCAUAUCGCAGGGACUCACUCCCCGGACUCCUACGCUCUUAAAAUGAUCAAAUGUUGAUUAUGAUC